CAUUCCAAUCCGCCUCACCGGAGAUACAACCAACCCCACAUCUCCCAUCCCAACCCCACCAACAAUCCGCCAAAAACCCACCCUCCUCCCUUCCCCCUACCCGUUCCCUGCCUCACCAAUGUCCACCCCCUCACAAACCCACACCGCCCUCCUCACAGCCUCCACCCCUCCCCCCCUCAUCCUCUUCUCAACCCUCCUCACAGCCUCCCACAUCCUGCACUACAACUCCAUCGUCGACGCCUACGGCCACAUCUCCGUCCGCAACCCCCAAAAUCCCUCAAACACAUUCUUCCUCUCCCGUUCCCUCGCUCCCGCGCUCGUUUCUAGGCGUGAGGAUAUCCUUGAGUAUCGGGUUGAGGACGGGAGUCCCAUCCAGGAUGCGAGGGCGCAAGCGGGGACACAUGCGGUAAAGCAUUUCGCGGAACGAUGGAUCCACUCGGAAAUCUAUAAACUCUACCCCGAAGUGAAGAGCGUGGUGCAUUGCCAUUCGGAAGCGGUGAUUCCGUACGGGAUUGGGAGUGUGCCGUUACGGCCUGUGUUUCAUAUGGCGGCGACCAUGGGCCCCCAAGUCCCCGUCUUCGACAUAGCACAGCACUACCCUUCCUCCCCCUCCCCCCUGCACUCCCUGCUCGUAACCAACACCCACCUCGGCGCCGCCCUCGCAGCAGGUUUCAACCCCACCCCGUCCGUCCUCUCAAAAAGCGUCACCGCGCUGAAAAACUACCUGACAUCCUCCACCCCCUCCGCCGUCCCCUUUCCCCCCUGCCCAACCGUGCUCAUGCGCGGCCACGGAAUGACCUGCGUAGGCCGGAGUAUCGAAGAAGUCGUGUACCGCGCGAUUUUCGCCUGCGUCAACGCGAGGGUGCAGACGACGGCGUUGUUGAUGCAAGGCGGGUAUAAUCUCGGGUAUGUGGCGCAGAGGUUUGGGGAGAGGGGUGGUGGGAAGGAGGGGGGGAAUCCGGGACCGGCGAGGCAGGAAGGGGUGAAGUUUUUGAGUGAGAGGGAGUGUAGGGAUUCGUGGACGGAGAUGGAGGAUAAGACGGGGAGGGCGUGGGAGUUGUGGUGUAAAGAGGUGGAGGAGGUGGGGUUGUAUCGGAAUGAGGUGAGGGAUGGGUUGAGAGUUGAGGGAUGA